GUGACCAAGUAGGAAAUAAGCAAAAGUCACGGCGGGAUGAUUAGAUUCGAGUGUCAUAAGUGCGAAUUUAUAGGGUGCCUUCUGAUUGGCUGCACAGCAGGACCAUCGCCAUGGAGUCAUCUUGUGAUGUCAUCAACCAAGUUAACCUUAGGGCCAGAAAUGACAGUUUUUUCAGUUGUGGCUUUGCAGUCAGAAGAGAAGGAGCAUUUUUCAGUUUUGGCUUUGCAGUCAGAAGAGAAGGAGAAUUUUCAGUUUUGGAUUUGCAGUCAGAAGAGAAGGAGAAUUUUCUUUGGAGAAUAUUUUAUUGGUUUUAGGGCGACGCAAGACAUGGGAAAUUACAUCUCUACGUUCGUAGACCCCAUCGUUGGCCUUAGAAGGAGAAGAUUUCAGGCUCCAUCAAAAUCUUCUCAAAAACAUCCAGCGAGACAUCGCAGCAGCGCUCAAAAGCAGAAUUUGGGUUGGCCGGACCAACGGCGGGGAGCCAAAGAGAUGGAUAGAGCCCGGAUACCAAUGGACCACAGGCGAGACCAUCUUAUUCCAGUCCUCUACCUGAGAGGGAAAGACCUCGGCGUCAGGAGCCGGUUCCUCCAUCAGCCUUCGAAACUCAUGGUGAUACAGAAGUACUUGAGAAUGGAAAGGUUAGGUUUUUCCUAA